ACCACGCCACGAAACAUGGGACUAAACCCAUGUUUCUAUAUAGUUAAAAUAAAAUAUCUUGUCCCCACCUCCAUUACAAGAAAAGAACCAAAAAAAAAAAAAAGGAAAAAGAAAAAAGAAGCUCCCCUUGAAGGCAAUUAUUCCAGUAUAAAUAUCAAUCACACAAUACCGCGUAUCAACCACUUACAAAAAGUAUCAACUACUAGUGAGAAAUUAAAAGAGUUGUGCUAUAGCUAUCAAAAAGCAAAUCAAAAAAUGGUGCGACAAGAAGAAAUAAUCCGAAGAGGACCAUGGACAGAACAAGAAGAUCUCCAACUUGUAUUUUAUGUAAAAUUAUUUGGUGAUCGACGAUGGGAUUUUCUGGCUAAAGUUUCAGGUUUGAAAAGAACAGGAAAGAGUUGCAGGUUACGUUGGGUUAAUUAUUUGAAUCCUGAUCUCAAACAUGGCAAGAUGACUCCUCAAGAAGAACGUCUCGUUCUUGAACUUCACUCUAAAUGGGGAAAUAGAUGGUCAAGAAUUGCUCGGAAAAUACCAGGUCGAACGGAUAACGAAAUCAAGAAUUACUGGAGAACCCAUAUGAGGAAGAAGGCUCAAGAACAAAGGAAAAAGACUAGUAUUUCUCCAUCUUCAUCUUCUUCCUCUUUAAUCACUCACGACGAAAAUGAGACAAACUUCUACGAUUCUGGUGGACUCGAGCUAUUGCAAGCUGAAGGAGAAAAGAAAGCGAGUGAUCAAGAAAAAGCUGGAGAGAGUAUGAAAAUUUACUCCAUGGAUGAAAUCUGGAAAGAUAUUGAAUUAUUAGAUGAAAAUAAAAUGACGAAUUCGAAUAAACCAAUUAUGGGGUCUAUCUCAACCCUAUGGAAUUAUGACUCACUCUGGAAAGAUUUUGAUUGGAGUAGCUUUCGGUAGGAACAUGACUCUGAAUUAGUCGAGGCAGCAGACUUCAGAUGAUUAAACUGAAGAUGAGCUAAUAGGAGGUUUAUUUAUUUGAAAGAAAAAAAAGAACUUCUUGUAGUUGAUUUAGGUUUACAAGAUCAAUAUUAAGUUUAACUUGUAUAUUACUAGUUGUGGUGAAAAACUACAACAACUUUUACUAGUAGUGCUUUCUAUGUCUGCUGUUGUAGCCAUCUUAUGAUGCUUUAAUCUAAUUACUAGAGAUUUAAGUC